GCCCAGUCAGUUUCCUCAGCUAGACGAGUCUGCACCGGCUGUUCUGGCGGGUUUAGGCCAGCCCUGAGGAGCGCGCGCAACCUGCGUAGCAGCGGCUGUGACGUAAACGUGACGGCGGCGUGACGCGCCCACAGCCGCUCUUGAGGCUCUGGCGCUUCCUCUGCCAGGCUCGGAGCUGUCUGUUUCUUGGGCCCUGUCUAUAGGUCCCGGCCGCCCCUGGCGUUCAACACCGCUUCCAGGUGCUGGCGGAGUCUGCCAUGGACGACUAUGCGGUUUUGUCUGAUACUGAGCUGGCCGCAGUGCUACGCCAGUACAACAUCCCGCAUGGGCCUAUUGUGGGCUCCACUCGCAAGCUCUACGAAAAGAAAAUCUUUGAGUACGAGACCCAGAGAAGGAGGCUCUCGCCCCCCAACUCGUCAUCGUCUUCAUUCUCCUAUCGGUUCUCAGACUUGGAUUCAGCCUCCGUGGACUCAGACAUGUAUGAUUUGCCCAAAAAAGAGGACGCCUUACUUUACCAGAGCAAGGACUAUAAUGAUGACUACUAUGAGGAGAGUUAUCUGACCACCAGGACAUAUGGGGAGCCUGAGUCCGUGGGCAUGUCCAAGAGCUUCCGCCAGCUGGGGACCUCACUUGUAGAUGCUGAUACCUUCCAUCACCAGGUGCGUGAUGACAUUUUCUCUUCUUCAGAAGAGGAAAGCAAGGAUAGGGAACGCCCCAUCUAUGGUCGAGACAGUGCCUACCAGAGCAUCGCACACUACCGCCCCAUUUCCAAUGUCUCCAGGAGCUCCCUAGGCUUAUCAUAUUUUCCUACAUCCUCUACCUCUUCAUCUUCUCCCUCUUCAUGGCUUACCCGACGUGCCAUUCGGCCAGAAAAGCAGGCCCCUGCUGCCGCUCUGGGCCAGGAUCGACAGGUCCCACUCUGGGGCCAACUGUUACUCUUCCUGGUUUUUGCUGCCUUUCUGCUCUUUGUUUACUAUUCCAUACAAGCCGAAGAAGGUAACCCCUUCUGGAUGGAUCCCUAAGGGUAUUGGUUUCAGAGCAGCUCUUAACAGGAGUUUUGGCUGAUUGCCUUAGCAGUGUUUGCUGGGGGGUGGGGUGGGUAUGGGCUUUUUUGUGUAUUCUAGUUAGGGGGUGCAGGGUCUAGCCUAGGGGAUUGCUUGUCUCCCACCUCAUCUUGCCAAGGAAGCAGCAAAUGCUGGCCUUCUACAGCCCAGUAGGUCCACAUGUACCUUCCUUUGGAGCCUCCUAGCCAUAUUGCCUCUGACCUUUAGGGUAAGGGGGGAUCUGAUGGGGAGGGCCUCACUUCAUUAGAGGAAAACUUGGUGGUGGCAGUGGUAGUUGUCAUGCAUGCCUGUUGUCACCUUUUCAGGGGGUAUUAACAAAGGCCACCCUAGCUUUGCUUUUGUGGACACAAUAAUAAACAUGUUUAUUUUUACCUUGUUGGUUCUUCCUACUGGGGUGGGAGCUGGGCUGCUGUGGCACAGGUGUUUGGUUUUAGGUCUCAAAAAUCAGUGUGGCUUUUCCCUUUGGUUAUGCUUGGUCUUGGGGAAGGAAUUAAAUGCUACCCACUGAUAAGUCUA